AUGGUUAAAUUAGGUUUAUAUCUCAAAGCUGAUCUCGAAAACGUCACUGAUCUUGCUCCUAUUGAAGACUUUGAGUGGUAUUUCAAGAUUGAAUGUACUAGUUGUCACGAAGUAGAUGAUAGUUGGAUCUCUUUCAACCAACAGGAUGAAUAUGACAUGAAUUCUUCUCGAGGUACUGCCAAUUUAGUGAUGCGCUGUAAGUUUUGUAAGCGUGAUAUGACUGCCCAAUUUGAACCUUCUUUCAAACUCAAGAGUUAUGAUGCAGAACAAAAUGGCAAAUUCCAACAAAUUGCUCAAUUUGAUUGCCGUGGUUUAGAAUUAGUUGAUUUUGAUCCUAGAGAAUCUUGGGUUGCAAAAGGUGUUGAAUCUGGUACCGUAUUUGAAGAUAUUGAUUUGACAGAAAAAGAAUGGGUUGAAUAUGAUGAGAAGUCUGGUGAACCCGUUGGCAUUAACAACAUCGAAGUUGAAUUUAGAAAAGAGAAAUAA